AUGGCAUUGUCAACACCACCAUGGUACCAUCCACACCACCCUGGCAUCGUCCACAUCACCAUGGUAUCCUCCACACCACCAUGGCAUCGUCCACACCACCAUGGUAUCAUUCACACCACCAUGGCAUCAUCCACACCACCAUGGUACUAUCCACACCACCAUGGCAUCGUCCACACCACCAUGGUACCAUCCACACCACCAUGGCAUCGUCAAUACCACUAUGGUACCAUCCACAUCACCAUGGCAUCGUCAACACCACCAUGGUACCAUCCACACCACCAUAGCAUAGUCCACACCACUAUGUUAUCAUCCACACCACCAUGGUACCAUCCACACCACCAUGGCAUUGUCAACACCACCAUGGUACGAUCCACACCACCCUGGCAUCGUCCACAUCACCAUGGUAUCCUCCACACCACCAUGGCAUCGUCCACACCACCAUGGUAUCAUUCACACCACCAUGGCAUCAUCCACACCACCAUGGUACUAUCCACGCCACCAUGGUACCAUCCACACCACCAUGUCCACACCACCAUGGCAUCGUCCACACCACCCUGGCAUCGUCCACAUCACCAUGGUAUCGUCCACACCACCAUGGCAUCAUCCACACCACCAUGGUAUCAUUCACACCACCAUGGCAUCAUCCACACCACCAUGGUACUAUCCACACCACCAUGGCAUCGUCCACACCACCAUGACAUCGUCCACACCACCAUGGCAUCGACCACACCACCCUGGCAUCGUCCACAUCACCACGGUAUCGUCCACACCACCAUGGCAUCGUCCACACCACCAUGGUAUCAUUCCCACCACCAUGGCAUCAUCCACACCACCAUGGUACUAUUUACACCACCAUGGUACCAUCCACACCACCAUGUCCACACCACCAUGGCAUCGUCCACACCACCCUGGCAUCGUCCACAUCACCAUGGUAUCGUCGACACCACCAUGGCAUCGUCCACACCACCAUGGUAA